UGCGAGACAAAGCGCCUCGUUUAUGACAUAUCGUGAGGGAACUAAACUUCUAAGUUAGUCUGUCGGGAGACAUUGGGCCCAGUUGUGAGGAGAGUCGCUUGAAGGGAGGGCGACGGUUGGAGUCGAGGGAGUUGCUGAGGUAUGUUGUUGAGAAGGCGUCAGGAAAAUACAAAUGUGCAGUAGCAUCUGGUGAAUGCUCCACUUUCAAAGUCAGUUCAGCAAACCCCAAUGGAUUCCUUCAGCUUACAGUUUGGGAGUAUGAACAGUUUAGAUCUACAGCCUUUAAGUUAUGAAGUCAGUAGGCUCUCCCCAGCCAAGUCCACCAGCAGCAUUGACCAGUUUACCCACCACCAUGGAAAGGGGGACUCAGCAUACAGCUCCUUCUCCGGGUGCUCCAAUGCCCCAGAUUAUGCCUCACCGUUCCUCUCAGAUGAACUCAAUCCCCACACCCUGCCAUACACAGAUCUGAAGUAUGUAAAGGCUGUCUACAAUCCUAACAUCCUGAACAGCAACAACCGUAAGAGUGUGGACCAGCUUUUUAAGUCAGUGGAGGCCAUUUCGCAGCAUCGCCACUGCCAGGACUCCUCCCUUAGUGGUAUGCACAGGGACCGGAAGCUAUCACCACAAUUGCUGCCACUACCUCCAACUCCCCCUGCCCGUCUAGACAGUUUUAUAACAGCCAAGAACAUGGAGGAUUACAAAACAAAAGUAAGUCCUGAUGGCCAGUCAAAUGACAAGUCCCACGAAAGAUCUUCAGUACAUAAUCCUGGAAGGGUCCAUCCCAGACAUGAUGCAGUCUGUGGUCACAGGAUCUCGCAGCCUAAUAUAGAAGAUCUGGUGGAUCAAGGUUGCUUGGAUCAGACUCAAAAACAAAGUCAGUUCCCAAGUACUUUAAUUCAGUCCUCUCCAGCUGCAGUUCUACCAGAAAGCCGGUCUGAAAAUCAAAGGAAAAGAUCUCGCUCGGAACGUGUGCUGAACCCUGCCGAGCAGAGUACCAGAGAUGCACAGCGUGCAAAACAGAACGUGAUCAGUAGCAGCAUCCAGCACAAAGGGCAGUACUAUUUUGUGACAGGUGUUUCAUCAGAAUCAAGCUUUCGGAACUCUUUGUCAAGUGUAACAGAGGGGGAGAGCAUGCAGUCUGUUUCGGAAGGCCCGCAAACAUUAGUGGAAGUGAAAGUGAGGUCACAUAGUUGCACUGACCGUGUUAGCAGAGGAGUCCGGCGCAGACACUGGAGUAGUAGUGAUCUCCAGGGUGGCAUAGAUGUUUCUUGCCAGAGUCUAGAUGGGUGCACCAAAAAACAAGAUGUGGAGUCUCAGCGAAGGAGCUCAUACAGUCCAUCUUACAUUUCAAAACAGGAGUUCCAUAGCUUGGACAGUUUGGACGAAAAGGCUACAAACGGAGACAUGGGUCUCGUAUCUCACAGGCAUCACAGCAGCAGCCAUCACAUUUUCUACUGUGGUCCAGAGGAUAGCACUUUGCCAGCCACUUGCAGUGACAAGGACAUGAUGCCCACUGUGCUGAGCACGGAGCAGGGGAAGGAUGAUAAUGCAGAGCGUCUGCCCAUGGUGAUGAAACGGUCUUUGGGGGAUCUGCCUAGUGAUAAAAUCAGUAAGGAAAGCACGCCCCUCUUGUAUCACCUAACAGGAGCCAGCAGGGGAGCACUGGUGAACUGGCCUAAGAACAGCGGUGAUGCCAGCGAGACCCAGAGAGAAACUCGGAAGAGCACUGCAUCCCUGAGGCAGUGGAGCAAAGAGGAACACGGCUCCUCCAGUAGUGGCGACAGCAACAGCGUGGAGCAGAGCAGCACCUGCAAGGUGAAUCUAGAGCAGCAUCAGGAUGCCCUUGGGCCUUCCACAGGCACAAUGGAUGACUCCUACAAGAAGUAUUACAAGGAAAAGCUGAAGGAUGCCCAGUCUAAGGUCUUGCGGGAGACAUCCUUCAAGAGGAAGGACCUACUGCUAUCGUGGCCCCACAGGCUCAAGCAGAGGCCUGAGCCACAGCUCUCUGCGCUCAUGUCAGUCAUCACCCAGAGGGAUCUCAAGGCCACCUUUGUUAGCCCUGCAAAUUCUGACUUAGGACCAGAGGCUCAGGGGAAGGAGAACAGGAACGAGAAUAAGGAGGAAGAAAAGGGUAAGGAAAAUGGAAAGCCUUCCGACUUCCCUCAGCCACAGGUUGCUCGAAUUGGGAGCAGGAGAAGGUUGGGGGCAGAACAAAAGAAACUGUGCUAUUCUGAGCCGGAAAAGUUGCACCAGGUGGGUGCUGGACCGAUGCAUGUCACCUGCAGCUCUCUUGGUAAUGAGAAGGAAGUUCUCCUAUCCCACGAUGAAUCCACUGAAGAAGGCCUGGUGGCUUCCAGGAAGAAGAUGUUUGAGACAAGGAACCGCACCUUCUCCGGGGUUGCUAAGAACACACUGAAGCAGAUCCAGAUCAAGGCUCUGGUGGCCUACAUGGAGCGCAAGAUAGGUCACAAGACUGCUGAGCCCCAGCAGCCACCUCCAGCACACAGGCACUCCACAGCUGGGAAGCCACAUGAAUGCGUUCUGAGGUCCCUCUCGGGGAAUGUAGGACCAAAGAGAAAGCUUCUGCGGCCCCACUCUGCGGGUGGCUCUGCCAAAGGUUCCCAGUUUGGUCCUAUCCAGAGUUCUCAGGAGCCCCCUCAGUCUAGUUGGAAAGAGUUCACCCAACCAGCUAAAGGGUUGUUCACUUCUACCGAGUGUCUGCUGGACCUGCCAGAACAAGCAGAGUCGGCUGAAGCUUGUCCUACCUCAGCUGCACAGACCUGGCAGAAUGAGAGGAACGUUGAAGACCCCUCUCUUUUACUCACUGAGAAAUCCAGGUUUCAAAUGAAGGCUGAGGGAGAAACACGGAUGAAUAAAAGCAGUGUGACCUCAGUUCCUGCAGACCAGCGGAUCCGGUCGGUAGCUCUGAGGGGAAAGUCCAUGGAGGAACUGGGUGUGACUCCUGUCAACACCACGCCAGUUUUGAGCAGGAGCUCUGAGCAGCUGGACCAGCUGGGCUCAGGCAGAGAGAAAAGGGUUAUUCUCUUUAAGGAGGAGCAGAAGCAGGCCCAGCUCUGUGCCCAUAAGAAUCCUCUCAUAAAGCAGGACUCCGCGCCUGAACUGACUGGUGGUCAAGGUUCGGAUACGGCUCCCUCGGGGGCUCCUGAGACGGCUGAAGCGCCAGCGAUAAUCUCUCCUUCUAGAGCCAGAGCUUUGUCUGUCAUUGCUGGCCCCACUAGUCCCAGCUCUAUUCUCCCUAAAAUUGUGGGCAACAGUGUGUUCUACACUGGAAACAUCCACCAGCUUAAUUGCUUCCUUGUGGGAGAACUCAGCAAGACCAGUCCCAGCUCUCCAUGCUCCCCAGCCACAUCCAGCACACUUGAGACAGCUCUUUCAGCAGGCUCCCUACCACCAGAGCUUUCAGCGAGACAUCAGACUGAAAAUCGGAGGUUUGACUCCAAGGAAGUGUCCCUGAGCUGUGGAGUAACAACAGACCCAAGCUCAUGUUUUGCUCCAAAGGGUAAGCAGAACAAGAAUCAUGAAGAACACAAUCUAUCUCCUGAGGAUUCCAGCACAGCAGAAUUUAACCCAUCACCAGUUCCAGAGUGUGUUGAGUUACCAGCAGCCCAGUCAACAACACCCCCUGCUGUCACACAUGUGGUGGAAAUCCAGAGUGCAGACUACAAUCAGCCACAGAAGGAAGAGCACAAAGAUGAAGAAGAACUGCCAGUUAGUGCGCCAGAGACCCUAGGAGACAGCUCAGCAAAAGGUGAACCGCAGUGGGAGGAUCUUGUAGAGGAGGUGGUGGCUGAAGACCAGUCACUGGCCAGAGUCCUGCUUCCGGUGGCCAACAGGAAAACAGCAGUGAUGCUGAUGGAGCAGUUGCUGUCUGAGGACACACUGCUGAUGGAGGAACACUACAGGAAGAAACACGAACACCAGAUCAGCAGCCCUCAGCAAGCUGAGGAACGUUAUGUAGAAGGUGAUGUUAAGCCUCCUGAUGGGGGGAAUGUAGACCUGAAAUUCGAAACCCAGAAAACUGGCCGUGUGCAAAAUAGAGGAGGGAGCGUCACGGAAAAAAAGAGGGCAUUGAUCGCUUGCAUCGAGGGGGGUCUGCGAGCCGUUGAGGUGCAGCGUGCAACCCUGCACGACGAAGUCAGGGCAAAUGCACUGAGAGGCGCGGCUGUUGAUGCCCUGGUCCAAAAGAGCUGCCUGCCGGCCGAGUACGAGCGUUACACUUCAUUCGUCGGGGACCUGGAACGUGUGGUCAGCUUGCUGCUUUGCCUUUCGGCCCGUCUCGCCCGGGUGCAAAAUGCCCUGAGUGCUGUGGGAGACCAUGCUGACGCAGAGGAGAAGCAAUCUCUGGACAACAGACACCGUUUGCUGUGCAAGCAACGCCAGGAUGCCACCGACCUCAAGGACAACCUGGAUCGGCGAGAGCGAGUGGUGUCCGCAAUCCUGGCCCGGCACCUGACGGCCGAACAGCUACAGGAUUACCGGCACUUUAUCCAGACCACAGCUGCAAUGCUCAUCCGUCAGAAAGACUUGGAUGAGAGGAAACGCCUGUGGGAGGAACAGCUCGAGUCCCUCUUGAACAGCAUCUCCCCUUGAGCAGCCUGAUGCUUCUGUUGCCACUUCUGUCGUCAUCUGUAUUGACCUGUCCUCACGUUCAUGAGGAUGUUGGUGGGUAUGGAAUCAAGUGGUUCACCUGGUUAUUAACUGUGUGGUAUAUCCUUUACAGGUAUCCCUGGAGUGUUUUUUCAGUAGUAAUCUGUUUUUGUCAUUACUUAUUAGUAAGAAAAACAUUGACUCAGCAAUCUGAAAUUAAGCUUUAAACUUGUUCUGGUUGCCAGGGUGAAAUAAAACUACAAAAAUGCAAAAGAUUGUGAUAAAAUUCAAAGCUGAUGAGUUUUAAAAUGAGAUUUAAAAAAAAAAAAAAAAAAAAAAUUUUCCCCCUAAUUUAACAUGUUGGCACUCAGAAAAAGACCAAAAAGAAAGCACUUUGAUAUACACUUGCACAGGUUUUUGAACAUUUUUUUUUUUUUCUUCUCUUCUCUUCCUUAAACUAGCACUACAGCAUAAGCCCAUUCUACAUUGUG